AUGCCGCAGCAUAGUUUGCAGCCUCAGAGAAAUUACUAUGAAAACAACAAUUCAAUGACAUUUCAAUCACAAUCACUUCAGAUUGCCCAGAAUAAUAUGAAUUCAAAUUCAUAUGGGGGAUAUCGUACUACACCAUCGACUUCAACUACAAAUUAUAGUGAAAAUACAUUGAACGAAUCACGUCAAUAUGAAACAUUACAUGUUAGAGUACCAUCUUCGCCGACUGAUGAAUAUUCUUUGGGACCGUCAUCAAUCGACAGUCAACAUUCAUCCGUGAGUCAAAGCUAUAAUAUAGAUUUCGAUUUUGCAAAAUCACCCGGGUCCUAUCAAUAA